UAACAUACACCGGUUGAUAUAAAAGGAAAGCUUUUAUUUAACUACGGAAGUCCAUAUGUGUAAUCAAUCCAAGGCAAAAAUUAACAGAGUGAAAAAUGUGAAUACGAUAAAAUAAAAAUAGAUAUUUAAAAAAAAAACUUCAUACGAAGCAUCCAGAAGCAUUGAAGUAAACCUAUAUACAUUGGAAAAUUAGAUGAGAACAGAAUUUGUUCUACUAAUUGGAUCAAAUCAUGCCCAGACAAUCAAUAGUCUAGUUAUCCAAAGUGUUGGAACCAAAAUUGCAAUGCUUCCAAAUUUGUCCCUCUAUCAAGAUUCUUUCAUGAACAAAUUCAACAUUGACCCUCUUUAGACAUGCUUAGUAAAAAGACUUUGUCUUUUUGCUAUGAUUAAAGUCCUUAUGUAUCCAAAGUACCAGUAUGCCUCAUAAUUGCAACCUCUGUAACAAGACUUUCAAGAGUCGUAAUCGUUUGGAACAGCACAUUCUCAAACACACUAAGACCUUCAUUUGUCAGGUGUGUGAAAAAUCUUUCCGCAUAAAGUCUCAUUUACUCAUUCAUUUGAGGUACCAUACAGGUGAGAAACCUUAUCAUUGUGAACAAUGUGACAAGAAGUUUCCCAUACUGGCGACGUUAGCUGCACAUCGCCGCAGUCAUACUGGGGAAAGACCACAUCAGUGUGAUCUCUGUCCAAAAGCAUUUGGUACAAGGCACUAUCUGCAAGCACAUCGGCGAUUUCACACAGGUGAAAAGCCAUAUCAGUGUGAUCAAUGCGAGAAGGCGUUUUGUAUUCGCAGUAACUUAUUAGAACACCAGCGAACACACACGGGUGAGAAACCUUUCAAGUGUGACUACUGUGACAAAUCAUUUAGCACGCGUAGCAACCAAGCAAAGCAUCAUCGGAUUCACACUGGAGAAAAAAAAUUUAUAUGUCAAUAUUGUGACAAAGCCUUCAUUGAUAAUUCAAGACUGCAGAAACAUGUCAUUGCGCACCUCAAAAAGCUGAUUCAUAAAUGCAAAUAUUGCAAGGAAACAUUUGAUACCGUAGAUAACUGGAGCAUGCACUUGAAAGCACACCGUGCUGAUAAACCUUUUAAAUGUUUGAACUGUGAAGAGGCAUUUAACAGCAAAUCUGAGUUAGCUGCACAUCGAAAAAUACACAGUUCUAAGAAACCUUUUGCAUGUGAUAUGUGCACAGAUGCAUUUUCCAGCCGCUAUGCCCUAACAAUGCAUCGGCGACAACAUAGUACGCUUUACUCCUGUAAAUACUGUGAAAACACUUUCACUUCCACCAUAGAGUGGAGUACACACAUUCAGCAGCAUCUUGCAGAAAAGCCAUUCAAAUGCAAUUUCUGCACAGAAGCUUUCUCUAGUAGCUAUGAUCUAUUGAAACAUAAACGAGUACCACACUGACAUGAGGCACAUUCCUGGGAUAUAUUGACUGACACAAUUUGGUGGGCUUAUCAGUUGCUAUGUAUAAUUAGAUUUAAUGAAUCUAGAAGGGUUUCACACCCAAGGAGGGUUACUUGGUACAACCUCAUGGUUUACGCUAGUUGCUGCACAUAAAUGAGUAUAGCUCUGUGUGUGUGUAUGUGUGAACAAUUGAGCCCUUUGCCUAAAUUUUCCCCAUGACACCACACUACUUUUCAUUUCUCGAACUGCAAUUUUUCCUCAAUAUCACUAAUCUUUCUCAUCACCUAGAAUCAUUUUACCUGAUAUCCAUUCCUCAUCCUUAAUAUUGUCCUCUCCAACCACAUUUUACAUUGUUCCUCCCAACCAAAUCAUCUCACCUUCUCUGCCAUUAUAUGUCAUUCACUCUCCCUAUGCCUCCUGUCUCUCCCUUCCUACAUGCUUUUGUAACCUACCUUGCUACUCAUCAUCUUCCUCUCACUCACACAUACACACCAUGGAUGUUGAAUGAUGAUAGUGUGAGUGGUAAUGUAUGCACAACCUGGUGGUUAAAUAACGUAAAUAAUUACAUAUUCAUUUGUGUAUAGGAAAUAGCUUGAUACCCAAGAUCUUCUGAGUGGUAUAAUCUGAUAGUUAUACUUGUUGUAAAGUAUAUGGCUUGAAGCUUUCUCAUGGUGUGUUAAUAAACAAUUUAAUGAUUAUACCAGUUGUGAUAUAUAUGUAUGUAUAAAUGGGAGCGAGGGAAUAGAAUAAAUCUUAAAGUGUAAUUCAUUGGAUUGAUCUCACCUUUACACUAGCCAUUACUGCAUAUGGAGUAUAUGAAGUGUUAUGGGGAAAAUUGUUGAGUACAUAAUGUAUCCUGAUUCAUGUAACAGGGUUAUUGGAGAUGGCAGAAGAUAUCGCUUAUUUUGACCUAUGAUUUUACUGGUGGAUACAUUAAUGGUUUAGGAAUGGAAUAAUGCAGCUUGCAUUGGAUGGUAACUUGUUUAUAACCUGAUUUCUACACUAAUGGUAUUUCUUAAGCUGGUUCUAUUAAUGUUUCAGAUUUUUGUACAAAGCCAGCAGUUUUUUUUUUUUAGAAGGAGGGGCUUGGUUGAUUAGAUCAAGCCCAAUACUUGACAGAUACUUUAUUUUACCAAUCCCCAAAGGACGAAAGCAAAGUUGACUUCAACAAGAUUUGAACUCAGAAUGUAAAGAGCCAGAAGAAAUACCAUGUUUUUUUGUCCAACGUGUUAAUGAUUCUACUGUCUUGAUCUGGUGGUUGUCCAAUACCUUGUGAGUGGAAUGUUAAAGACAAAAACUAUAUAGAAGCCUGUUGUAUGUGUGUUGACUGUGUGGAUAUGGAGUUUGCUUUGUAACAUUGGGGUUUCAGAUUCUAUCCAAUCAUGUGUCAUCUUGGGCUCACUAAUGCCUACGGAGAAAUUGGUAGUUAGAAACUUUUAUAGAAACUCUUUGUGUGUGUGUGUAAGAAUGUUUACAUUCCAUGUGUCUUUGCAUUAUGCAUUUAGGCAAAUUGCUGAUAUACUUAUAUUCCCUGUUAGCAAAAUGGCAUGUAACUCUGUGCUUGUGAAGACCAAGGAAAUAGAAAAAUAUUUUACUCAAGAAACAGGGAAGGCUUGACAAUAGGAAAGGUAUUCAGUUGCAAAACACUGCCUUAGUUCAUCUUCAUGCAACCUAUACUAGCAAGAAAGAGUAGAUGUAGAACAAAUGAAUGAAUGUGUGUGUAAGCACAUGUGUGUAUAUGUAUGCAUGUUGUAUCCAAAUAUAUAAUUUGUAAAUAAAAUCAAAUGAUAGUACUCAGUUUAUGAUACAGAGUUUAUUCAUAUAUUAAAAUUAAAAUUUUGGUCACAUGUUGUUUCUGGACCAUCGUCUUUCAAGAGGCUCCAUUAUAUAUUAUUUGCAGCUGAAGCUUCUUGAAUCAUUGCACGGAGUUUCAUGUUGCUUAUUAUUCAGACAAUUGAAGAAGAGCAACAUUAUAACGGGAUAUCAGCAGUAAUGUUUGUAAAUGCAUCAAAAUGCGAUUAGUUAUUGAGAUUUGAUUGGUUGCCAAAAUAAAUUUUUUAAAUGGUAGAAAAUGCAUUACACAUUUACUCUGUUGUCAUGUGCUGAACAUGUAAUAUAUUCAUCUAUUCACAUGCAAAAGUGUGAUGUUUCUUGUGUCAUAUGUGUAAAACAUACAACAGCAAUGAAGUUUUAGUGUUGAUGAAUUACUGAAUUUAUUUUGUCUCCAUCCCUCACCUCAAGUAUAUGACCAUUUUUUGGAUUUCUUUAAGUAUCGAUGAAGUGUCUGCAUGAAUUCACCAAUUUUGAUCUGAUGUGUAAAAUUGUUAAUGAUUACAAUAGGAUAUUUAUACUUCAAGGAGACAAUGGUUACACCUUCUGGAACCAUUAAUGAAAGAAAUUCAUCUUUAUACUAGAACAGUUAAUUGUGAAUAUUAUCAUCCUUUGCAAUCCAAAUAUAUUUGGAUAGUUAGAUGAUAAGACAUUGUCUUUCUCAAUGUUGUGAGAUUCAUUUUUUUCAAUGAGAUAUUCAGAAAAUUUGUUGGGUGGGGGCAGAUGUUAGGUUUCACUGUCAUUUGCAAGAGAGCCUUUAGGUUGAUAAACUAAAUGUUUUAAAAAGACACAUGCUUUUCAGAGUGUAAGUGUUAGACUUGUUACUAUUAGAGGGGUAAAGUUUUGCACAAUUGUACUGGAAGUUUUCUGUUUAUACAGGCUACAGAACAGCAAAGUUUCUGCAAACUCACCUGACUCUUUAGCAUUCAGAUUAUCUGUUAAAUGUAAUGUUUAUUUAUUCACAUUUUGUAAAAUUAAUCAUGCAUUAUUUUUAGAUUGACAUUGUAGGGUGGAUAUGAGAGGCCAGAUCUGGCCAGUUUGAAUAUAAAACAGAUAUGGUUGAUGUAAAUGUUAAAGGAGGUAAACACUAUUUCUGUUAAAGAUGUAUCUUUGGUUUGUGAAGAAAUACCUAUUUAUAAGGUUUAGAAAGAUCCUUGCAGUUAUAAAAUGAACAUUUAAACUCUAAAAAGAAUCGUACCAUAUUUUGUUUUGUUUCCUAUUUCUGCAUAUUAGUGCUGUACUGUAUAAAAUGUCUUUUUUUUUUUUUUUGAAACCACUGCCUUUUAAUGUCAUUGCAAUAAUGAACAGGACACUUAAAGGUUCCUGGUUAAAUGAAAAGCCGGAUAUGAUAUUGAAACUGUGCAAAUAUUAUAUGUGAAUAGAUGAAUACAUUAUGUUCUGCAUAUGGUAAAUAGAUGACAGUAAUAAUUUUUUUUUGUCUAGCAACUAGAGAAAUCACAAUGAUUAAACAUGUUUUAACGUGUUUGUGGUUACUUAGACAUUGUCAUGAUUCUAGAAGUUUCAAUUGCUAAUAAAAUACACAAACUCUA